UUCAGGCUUGUGUCAUUCUCCCUGCAGAGCUGAAGCGGCUCCAUGUGAUUGGCACAAACAUCCCGGAUCUAUUUGCCCCCAGUAACCACGGGGACGACAGGAGAGUUGGCACAUUGGAUCUUACUCUGCCCAAAAUGCAAGGGAGCCUCGAUCAGUUCAGAUGGGACCCUCGUUGUACCCUGUGCCUCUAACAGAACUGCUGGGAGUCUUACAGUCUGACGGCGUUACUUGUGCUCUCGGGGGGAGCCAGUCUGAUGCCAUUACUGGUGACUGUGGAUGGGGCAAAACUUCAACUUUGUGUCAUUAUCGCUGAACCCCUUGUGAGUGGCCGGUCUACAAACAUUCCUGGCCAGGGGCAACUCGGCCACCAUUGCUGGGUUCCUGGGGAGGACACCAUUCUGCCCCCAUCUGUCUGGCAACUUCAUAGGAGAAACCGUUAAGGGGAACAAUGCAGCACCCCUUGGAGUUAGGGGGCCAUUACUUUGCCCAUGAUGCAUUUGUGGACCACAGAUCCCAUCGCUAUAGAAGUUUUAUGAUAGAGGAGAUUCUGACCGACCAUCAGGACCCCAAAGUUUCUCCACCUGCCGGGGAGUUGCUAAAGUUUGGGGUGCAAGCACUUCUCUCAGCCAGACCUUAUCAUAAUCAUCUAGCAUUACUAAAGGCAGAACAAACGUCGCUUUUCAAGUUCCCCCUGAGUCCAUUGUCCUGUCCAGUCUUGGGCUCCCCCAUUAGUUCUGCAUUGCUCUCCGCUGGCUCUGGACUCCAGGGGGGCUCAGGAACACCCCAUCAUCUCCCCUUAGAGCUUCACCUCCGAGGCAAGUUGGAAUCCAGCUUCUCAGAGCAGGGGAGCAGUAAAUCAAAGAAGGGAAGAAGAAGUCGAACGGUUUUCACUGAACUUCAACUGAUGGGGCUGGAAAAGCGGUUUGAGAAACAGAAAUACCUCUCGACCCCCGACAGGAUAGACCUGGCCGAAUCCCUGGGCCUCAGUCAACUGCAGGUGAAAACCUGGUACCAGAACCGACGGAUGAAAUGGAAGAAAAUAGUAUUACAAGGAGGAGGACUUGAAUCCCCAACAAAACCCAAAGGACGCCCCAAAAAGAACUCCAUUCCCAGCAGUGAGCAGCUGACAGAGCAAGAACAGACAAAGGAGGCAGAGAAGCUGACAGAGAGUCUCCACUCAACCUCUGAGGUUAAUCAAGAGGAGUAAUUAAGGUGCUUAAUGACUGUGCCCAGUACAGACCUAAUUAGGAUAAUGGCACCAACCCAGGAGGAGCCUGGGGCCCGAGCAGGAUCCACUACACGUCCUCUCCAAUAGGAGCAUAAUGGGCUGCUCCAAAAUCAGCACCAAGAGACUAAGGCAGGAGUAAUAUUCAUGUAGAUGCCCCCCGAGGUGCCCCAGCAGACUUAGCUCCUCCCACCAGGUGCUCCGAGAGACCCUCAACUUCUCAUCCCCAACCCAGAUCCACACAAGUUCAUGGGCACCGAGGGACUGGCACCUGGGGACACUUUGCCCACGACUGGGCCCUAAAUGAUGAGUCUGGUGUCAAGAACGUGGACUUUUGUUUCACAUAUGGAAAUGGGGACGUUAAAUGCAAUAAACAUAAUUGAAAAGAAGAAUCCCUGCAGCAACGUUUGCUAAGGAAUUGCAGGAAAAGAAGAUUCUCAUGGUCAGUAGAAAAUUCUCUAAUAUUCCUUCUCCUCCCAAGUAUUUCAUCUAUUUGAUUUUCCUUCCCAGGGAAACGCAGAACUGACUGCAGAAUUCUUUCUUUUCUGCUCCACCAACAUAAACUCUGUUUCUAUUGAAACCAUUAACCCCCUCGGCUCCCUCUUGGACUGCGCCACUGCUGUGAUUAGCACGAGAAAUUAACCCCCGGUGUGCUGAGGGCUCUCUCGUCAAUAAACCCUUCUCCAAAAUGACUGUGUAAACCUCAGUUUUGUCGAUGUUGUUUUUUUCCCCGCGCUGACUAAUUUUAUUUUUAAAAAACGUUGCCUUGUUGCCGACAAAUAAAUGAAUUCAAUAUUU